UUGCAUGCUCUGUUGUGGUCCAGAGGCUUCCCAUCCUUGUACCACAGGCACCCAGAGCACAGCAGAGCAGAACAACUCGAGGACAGCCUUCUGCCUCUGGCCAUGGCCUGUCCUGGCCUCCUCCUGACUGGAGCCUUCUUGGCAGUCUUCCGGCCAGCCCUGACCUAUGCUGAUGCACUACUGGUCUUCCCAGGCCAAGUGGCUCAACUCAGCUGCACAAUCAACUCCCAGCAUGCCACCAUUGGGGACUUUGGCGUGUCUUGGUAUCAGCAGCGCCCAGGUAGUGCCCCUCAACUUCUCUACUAUCACUCGGAAGAGGAGCACUAUCGGCCCGAUGACAUUCCUGGCAGGUUCUCAGCGAGCUCGGAUGUGGACCACAAUGUCAGUGUGCUGACCAUCAGCCCUGUGCAGCCCGAGGACGAUGCAGAUUACUUUUGUUCCAUUGCGUACACCUUUGAUCCCUAGGCCUGGGGUAUGGGGAUGAAUGUCUUCUGUGUGUCACCUACUUCUGUCCUGUCUGCCCUGACCUCGGGCCUCUCUUCUUCCUGAGUCUUGCCCCCCCCCCCCGCCCCGCACCUCCACCUUCCCAGCGCACAAUCUGAGUUAAUAACAUUCAGCAUCCAACCACAGACAUCAUAACCUCAAGAUCCUGGAAGAAAAAAAAAAUUACAAAUCAGAGGACGAGGGAGUUGGGAUUCUGAUGACUGCUGUCAAAAGAGGAAAAGCCUGAGACCCUGAUGAAACAUGGCUCAGCCUUUUCCCUAUCCCCAGGGGUUUAGCUUGGUGCCUGACCUUCGGGUUUAGCUUGGUGCCUGACCUUCCAGUGACCUCAUGAGCUAAAGGGAGAGAAAAAGGAACUAACCUUCCCCCCCCACAACCCCACCCCUGCCCCUGCCAGCUCCACAUGGCUGAUUGUGGCCCAACGAUCGUUGUUUUUGGGUGGCUGGUCCCCAUGGAGUUCAUGCUGGUGGCUUGGGGGCUAGGACAGCACCUGCUGCUCCACUCAAGUCUCUGGACAAGUCUCCAAUCUUCACUGAUCCUUGAUGGCCAGGGGCAAGCGUUCUCAGAAGAGCCCUGAGGGACAGGGAUGGGGACAUUGAAAGCAGGUAUGCAGCUCCCUCCCCCUCAAAGACAGUGUGUUCUAUUGGUUUCCCCUUGGGGAAGCUUUCCCACAGAUGGGCGACUACACCUGAGGAGUCAAGGGGUGGCACAAUGAACUGUAGGGCCAGUCUUGUUGUGAGAAGCUGAACUGGGUGGGAUUGGAGACCUCAAAAAGAUCCCUGAACCAGUGUGAUGGCACAUGCCUUUCAUCCCAACACUCGGUGGAUGUCUGGGCCUUUAAGGCUAGCCUGGUCUACAUAGGGAGUUCCAGACAGUCAAGGAUAGACACAUAGACCUUGUCUCAAACCCAAACAAAAUUCAUGGGCAAGGGGUUCCAGAUCAAGGAAAGUGCAUUUGCUUAGUAUAAAUGGUGUCCCUGGACUCAGUUUCCAGGAUCGCAGAAAAGCAGACACACAUAACCCCUAGUUAUACCUAGCUUCUCCCCUGGUGUCUCUAAGAAGUGCCCCAUUCCACCAAAAGUCAUCAGGUUAUGGCGCACACCUUUAACCCCAGCACUGGGGAGGCAGAGGCAGGCAGAUCUCUAAGUUCGAGGCCAGCCUGGUCUACUUAGUGAGUUCCAGGACAGGCAGGGCUACACACACAAGAAAACCUGUCUCAAAAAACAAAGAAACGCCUCGUUUCCGGAGGUGAGCACCUAGACGCAUUUGGGGGAUCCAGAGUCCCAGGAGGAGUCAGCUUACAGUCUUGACUAUCUUUGGGCGCUUCAACCUUUAACCCCCACUUCAUUUCAUUGUGGUCUUAUGUGGGUGGCGAGAGCGCGGAGGGUAGAUGCGUGGGAGUUUGGGAUGAAGGGACAGGCAAGGCCAGGGUUACUGAAAGGAGCUUGA